CUUUCACAAUUCAGGAUUGACUGAAGAAUAAUACCUUAGGGGAGAAGGAGAGGAUAUUUUAGCUCGAGGGAUGGAAUUGGAGUGGAGAAUGAGUCAGAGUAUCUUCGGGAUAAAUUUGUUGAAGGUGUAGAAAUCUCAGACUUUGCUAGAGUAACCAUGAACGUAAUCGUCUGCCGGGAUUGCAAAACGAGAGAUAAUGUGUUGGACUACGCUUCCGGUGACGUCAUCUGCGUCGAGUGUGGGCUGGUUCUGGAGUCUCAUUUCGUGGAAGACGCGCCGGAAUGGCGUACAUUUGCGGACCAGAGUGGAGCGAAGGAUCGAAACCGAGUUGGUGAUUCGUACAAUGCCCUGCUUCCAGACGGUGGCAUCUCCACAACCUUCAGCCAAGUGGAGGGUAAUUCCAUUUCGUCAUGCCUCAAGCGUGCAGAAUCUCGACUGCCCAAUGGAGACAGCAGUCGGCUCCUCUCUAGCUUAAUCAGAUGUGCCUCUAUGGCUUCACGACUGGGUCUGGUCCGGAGCAUUCAGACCAUUGCUUCCGAUAUCUAUCAGAAGGUGACAAACCUGAAUUUCACCAAAGGGAAAAAUCAAGAUGCGGUACUGGCGUCUUGUUUGUACCUGGCGUGUCGUCAGGAGGGCAAAACCCGGUCGAUGAAAGAGAUUUGUUCGGUUGCAGAAGGUACUUCGCUGAAGGAACUGGGACGAGCUUUACUCUGCAUCGAGAAACACAUGAAGGAAGAUCUAGGAAUGGGCAAGUCCGUCAAUGCAGCAGAUUUCGUGAUUCGUUUCUGCAUAAAGCUAGGGGUGAGUUAUAAAGCGAGAUUAGCAGCCACUGAAAUCGUCCAGAUGGCUGACAACCGGCUCGACGUGAGGAGAAACCCCAUGUCUGUGGCUGCAACUGCAAUAUUCAUGGUUUCCCAGCUCCAUGAAUCAGGGAAGAGUUCUAUCGAAGAGAUCUCUAUAUUUUGUGGUGUGUGCAGAAAGACAAUAUUGGAAACUUAUGGAGUUCUCCUCCCUCAUGCUUCCAUGAUCAUUCCGGCUUGGUUUGCUAACGACGAACAGCUCAAAGCUCUUCCACCUCUUCCACUCAAACGACGAGAUGCAAAAAAUGAUGGAAAGUUGGAAUCGGGUUCCCACUCCAGAACGACAUCGAUUAACACAUGAGUUACAAGUCCAUAAGAGAAAUGGAGAAUUGGAGAAUCUUCCUAAACAUAUCUCAUCGCUGUCAAAUCUAAAAGAUUCAUCUGGUUGGAUUGCAUGCAUGCAUGCAAGUUGCAUGCUAUCAAGCUCUGCAAAAGUAUGACAAUUCAUGCCUCGUGGUUCACUUUGAGAUCACCAACAACAUGACAACUGCGAUGGCUUAUGUUUUUAGCAGAAGCACAAAUUUAUGAGUUGUCUCUCCUGUCCGCAACAGAUUUGCAGUGAACGUUUUAUCCAAAAUAUUUCACAACAAAGCAGCAGGAGGCUAUGAAGUAAAAGAUGGCUGCAGACAUCAGCUCGACAGCAAGCGCAAUAGCUUUGAGAAACAAGACUUUACUCUUGCGAUCCAGGAUGAUGCCACUGCGCACAACUUGUAACUGGUUGUGUACUGGAGGUGUUGCAUUCUUUGUUACUUGACAAUCAUGCCUAAAAUAUA